AUGGCUUCAUACUGUCGUUUUUGCGCGGGUCCCAUUGACCCGCAGGAUACGCACGAGCACUGCAUUGCCUGCCUGGGCCUGGCUCAUGCGGAGGCUGCAUUCUGCGAGUCCGAUUGCGUGCACUGUGCGGACCUGCCGGCGCGUGUCUUGAGAACUCGCAGGAACAUCGCUCGUGGAAAUAUAGGGUCAAGGCUCACUGCCACCAACGAGUCGCUGGUGAGUCUACCCGCUCCAAGGGGGAGCGGCGACGACACGGCUCCGGGCCGCUGUCCUCUGCCGUCACCCCAUUCCCCAGUCCUCUACGCCGACGAGAGUCUUCGUCCCCCGCCUUCCGUCUUGGGCGCCGUUUCCUUCGGCGCUGAGGAGGACGACGACUCCAUGUCCAUCUCGGCUUCAGACAAGGACUGGGCAGGGUCGGAGCGGGAUCGCCCCGACCUAGAGAGCACCCCGGACCUCCACGAGGAGUUCAUGAGGGUCCUCGAGAAGGCCGUCAGCGAGCUCGACAUCACCUGGAGUUCACCUGAGGAGCCGGCAAAAAGUAAGCUCGACUCGUGGUACCCUUCAGGCGGGCCGCCGUCAGGCCACAUCAAAGAGGAGUGCGCCAUUCUUUCCAGAUGUCCACGAGCACGUGGUGAAAUCGUGGUCUGCUUCACGCCGCUACGCAAUCCAUGUUCGCCCACGUGGUCGGAGCGGAGGCCCACGGUUACGUGCGCAUGCCACCCGUCGAGGAGACCCUCGCCGCUCAUUUGUGCCCUUCUACCAUCUCGCUGGGCUCGGACCCAGGCCUGCCGUCGAAGCCGUGCAGGUUUACCGCUCAUCUCGCCGGUGUUCCAGGCUAAGAUCCUUCAGUCGCUGGAUAGCGGCAGCCUGGAGGCGGACGCCACGAGGGAUCUGAGGGCAGCGACCGACUUCGCUCUGAUGGCAACGAAGCGGACCGCACAAGCUAUCGGCCGAUCCAUGGGGUUCAUGGUCGUCCUACACCGUCAUCUCUGGCUUACGUUGGCGGACCUGAAAGACGCUGACCGUAAGUCUCUCCUCAACGCCCCGAUCACUCCCUCCGGCCUCUUUGGUGACGUCGUGGAGUCGGUGGUGGAGCGCUUCGGGGAGACGCAAAAGCGCGCCAAGGCCAUGAGUCACGUGCUCCCGCGACGCUCUUAUCAACCAGGCCGACCAAACAGCACGCUGCUUCCGCCCAGGCUUCUCGAGGUCGUGAGCCGGAUGCACGGCCUAAACAAUGGUCGGGCCCGCCUAAGAAGAGGUACGGGCCGAAGGGAGGACCGCAGAGAGGACCGCCGCGCCACGACGGCGGAGCGUCAUCGUCUGCCAAGCCGUCAUCCUGACGGACCUAUAAAGAGGAGGAGAGAGUUUGUGAGCGUUCCGGUGGCCCCCAAACGCCGCUGUUUGCAUCAGUUUUCCCCCGCGGUUGCGGGCGAACAUUGCAAUGUUGUAAAUGUCUGUGUAAAUGCAAUAAAAACACAUACCUGUUCACAAAAAGAGCUCUUUCCCCCUCACACGACCAAUGCUGCGUUCCUUGCCCUGCCACGGUGCAGCGCGAAGCCGCAGUUAAUCCCGACUAUAACCAGCCUUCCCUCGUCCACGGUCUUUCCCGUGGGCGAGAGACGGCUGGAGUCUCACGCACGGGCUAUUUCCCCGCCAGUGCAAUUAGCCUCGCUGCACCAGCGUGCUUCCCUAAACGGUCCGCUGACGGUAACGCCCGAAGAGAUUCGGCCAUUAUGUCUGUUUCUGGACGCGUGGAAGGCCAUUCCGGACAUUUCUCAUUGGCUACUAAAUGUGAUAGAACACGGGUACACCCUGCAGUUCAGACGAAGACCUCCCCGCUUCAGCGGUGUGGUUCCGUCGCUUACGUCAGCGCAAAAUGCGCCUGUGUUGAGGCAGGAAAUCGGCAGCCUGCUCGCGAAAGGAGCGAUCGAGCGUGUCCCUCCGAACGAGCGAGAAAGCGGGUUUUACAGCCGGUACUUUGUAGUGCCCAAGAGAGAUGGUGGUCUGCGUCCGAUUCUGGACUUGAGACCCGUCAACCGAGCCCUUCACAAGCGAGCGUUCAGAAUGAAAACUCUAAAACAGAUCCUGGCACAAGUGCGUCCCGGGGACUGGUUUGCAUCCGUGGAUCUGAAGGAUGCGUACUUUCAUGUUCAGAUAGCCAAGCGCCACCGAAAGUUUCUGCGAUUCGCUUUCGCGGGUUCAGCGUACCAAUUUGCCGUACUCCCGUUCGGACUGGCAUUAGCACCGCGCACAUUCUCGAAGUGCGUGGACGCGGCGCUUUCCCCUCUCAGAGCGAGCGGUAUGCGCAUUCUGAAUUAUCUGGACGACUGGUUAAUUUUAGCCCACUCACGGGAGGCGCUAUCCGGUCAUACGCAAAUGCUGCUUCGUCACUUGACAUCCCUGGGGCUACGCGUGAACAUGCAGAAAAGCAAGCUCACUCCGAGUCAGUCAAUAACGUAUCUGGGGGUAUGUUUCGACUCAGUGGAGAUGCGCGGCCGCCUCUCUCAAGAGCGGACGGAGUCCAUCUCUUCAGCUCUACAUCUGCUCAGGCCGGGUCGGUCUGUUCCACUGAGGGAGUUUCAGAGGCUUUUGGGUCUCAUGGCGUCAGCCUCGGCGGUCUGCCACCUGGGUCUUCUGCACAUGCGACCGCUACAGUUUUGGCUGAAGGCUCGUGUUCCAUGGAAAGCAUGGUCCUCGGGUCGAGUGCGAGUCCCGGUUACACUCAGUUGCCUCAGUGCCCUGAGCCCAUGGCGCGACCCAAGCAUGUUCAGUCGGGGAGUUCCCCUGGGGCUGGUUACGAGACGCAUAGUCGUUACGACGGAUGCGUCGUCCUCGGGAUGGGGUGCAGUGUGCGAGGGCAUGCCGGCAUCCGGCCUUUGGACACAGUCACAGAGAAAAUGGCAUAUAAAUUGCUUGGAGCUGAUGGCGGUGUCUCUAGCUCUCCAUACUUUCCAGUCGAGACUGGAGAAGAAACAUGUCCUGAUUCGCACCGACAACAUGUCCGUGGUUUCGUACAUAAAUCGCCAGGGAGAAGUCCGCUCAGGAACUCUUUUCAAACAGGCUGCGAGUCUCCUACUGUGGGCAGAUCGGCAUCUACUCUCUGUCAGGGCAGUGCAUAUCCCCGGUCGUCUGAACUGCGGAGCGGACAUGCUUUCGAGGGAGGGUCUUCCGCACGGAGAAUGGAGGCUUCAUCCAGACUCAGUGCGGUCAAUUUGGGAGCGCUUUGGGACGGCGGAAGUGGAUUUAUUCGCGACGAGCGAGAACGCGCACUGCCCGCUGUAUUUCUCGCUGACCCAUUCCCCCAUGGGGAGCGACGCUCUGACGGUGCGAUGGCCGAACGUUCGGCUUUACGUGUUUCCUCCGGUGAAGAUUUUGCCCCUGGUGCUGUGCAAAAUCAGAGAGGAGACGGCGACGGUGAUCCUCGUCGCUCCGUUUUGGCCGAAUCAACCGUGGUUUCCGGACCUAAGCGAAUUGUUAACGGCACCGCCGUGGCGGAUUCCCCUCAGGAGAGACCUGUUGUCCCAAGCGAACGGCACGAUAUUUCACCCCAGCCCGCAGCUGUGGAGUCUUCAUGCCUGGCCUCUUCGGGGGUUUUAAAUGCACUUCCUCAGCGUGUACUUGACACUAUUUCG